AUGCUCAUCGUCUUCCUCUUAGUCACUCUAUUGAAGCUCGUCUCUGGCCUUCCAGUGCGCCACUCGUCCACCUCAAGCCUCCAAUCGUUGUCGAUCAGAGCAGAUCUCGGCGACGCCAACCAACAGCGCUCGCUAUGGGACAUCCUGAAGAGCAGCUUCGCGACCCUCUUUGCAUGCAUCUGGCUCUCUAUCCACCCGAACAUCCCUGCACCGUCAGACGGCGAGUGGACACAGCGGCGUCGCCGACUGACUGCGAUGCUCUGCGCGUUAAUUGUCCCCGAGCUCGUGUUCGUAUGGGCACUUCGGCAGUGGUGGGCGGCGAACCAGAUCGCGAAGGCGCACAAAGGUCGUGGCUGGACUCGGGUCCAUGGCUUCUUUGUGUCCAUGGGCGGCUUCGUACUAACCAAAGGCAACCGUGUCCCGCUAGACGCCGAUCAGAUCGUCAAACUCGAAGCGCGCGGCCUCAUCAAGUGGCCCGACAUCUCGAAGGAGGAGAUCCAGGACAGGAGCAAGGGCGACUUCCUCGCGAAGUCUGUCGCGCUGGUGCAGACAACGUGGUUCGUCGUGCAGUGUAUCGCACGAUUCCAGCAGCGCAUGACGGUGACGGAGCUCGAGCUUGUCACAGUUGCCUAUGCUGGGCUGAACGUCGCGCUGUACCUUACGUGGUGGAACAAGCCGCUGGAUGUUCGCUCUCCGGCACCCGUGGUGGAAACGGCGACCAAGGAGAUCAUGCAAGUCUUGUAUGGUGCACCGAGAGACGAUGGGGCAAGCGAGACGACUGUCGAUGAUACGGCGACGUUGUCUAAGUUGAGCAUUGUCGUUGACAGCAGCUCUGUAUCCAAGUCCAAACCAAGUCUCCGCUUGAUGCCCUCGCCACGAAAGGCCCUUCACAAUCUCCUCAGAUUUUUUGCGUGGCUUGCACGUCCAUUCAAUGGCAUGCUCACCGCCAACGAGAUACAUCGCGGCGCCAACCGUGUACCCACCUUCUACGCACCCGACUUCGAGAAAGAAGGCAAGAACAACUACUACAUCGGCCUCGGGCUGCUCGUUGCGAUGCUCUUCGGAGUCAUCCACUGUGUAGGGUGGAACUUCGACUUCCCAACUUCCCAAGAACGCUUCCUCUGGCGGCUGGCAGCGGCUUACAUUGCUGUCGCACCGCUACCGUUCCAGUUGCUGGGCUCGGCGAUACUGAGGCAUAGGAAGACGGGCAGCAGGCGUUCGCGUGUGUUCAUGUAUAUGAGUGCGAGGGCGUGGUACUCAAUCCUGGCAUUGUACGUCCUCGCAAGAUUUGCACUUUUAGUUCUACCGUUGAUUGCUUUUCGGAAACUCCCUUCGGGGGCGUACGUUGAUCUUGCAUGGUCGCAAUAUAUACCUCACGUAUAA